AUGCAAGGCCACCGAGCCCCGGCCAGAGCUGAACCUUCGGAGCCUGAACCCUCGGCCGCCAACUCCACUGGCGCUGUUUUACCAGCCUAUGCUGACUUGGACCUUGGAGUCUUGGAAUCUGGAGUACCAGUACCCAGAGGCUCAGCCUUGGCUCUCAGCAGACACCAGGAUUUCCAGUUUACUGGGCCCUCUGACGCCAGCUCUGGAGCUGCUCCAGGUUCCCGGGUCUUGCCCUGUGGGCCCAGCCCGCAGCACUACCAGGCCCUGCGCUUGUAUCACCUGGAGAGUUUGCAGCCCCGAUCUGGAUUGCACCAAGGAAACCGAAUUCUGGUUAAAAGUUUGUCUCUUGAUCCUGGCCAGAACCUUGAACCUCAUCCAGAACGCUCCCAGUGGCUUCGCUCAGAUCCAUGCUCCUCUGUUGAAGCCCCAAGUCAUCAUCUUUCACCAAUAAAGCGGGCACCAGGUCCAAAGCCACAAGUGCCCCCAAAGCCCAGCUACCUGCAGAUGCCACGGAUUCUCCUCUCAUCUGACCCUAUACCCCCUCCGCCAUCUCGUCCACUGCCUGCAGACCCACGAGUGGCUAAGGGACUGACCUCCAGGGCGGAGGCUGGUCCCAGUUCUGCAGCAGUAUCUUCAUUGAUUGAGAAGUUUGAAAGAGAGCCUGUGAUUGUUGCCUCAGAUAGGCCAGCCCUUGGUCUUAGUUCAGGUCUCACAGAGCCAGCCAUGUUGCCACCACCACCUCUGCAGCCAUCAUUGACUCAGCUCCCUGAAGGUGAGGCAUCUCACUGCUUGUUCCUGCUGGCUCCUGGGCCUCGAGAUGGUGAGAAGAUGCCCAAUCGGGACAGUGGAAUUGACAGCAUCAGCUCACCAUCCAACAGUGAAGAAACUUGCUUUGUCAGUGAUGAUGGACCCCCCAGCCACAAUCUUUGCCCUGGGCCCCCUACCCUGACCAGUAUGCCUGUUGCUUUGGCUGAUCCCCACUGGCCUACCUCCCAAGAGGUUGACAGUGACCUGGAUGAGGAAGAGGAGGAGGAUGAAGAGAAGGACAGAGAAAUCCCAGUAUCCUCGAUGGAAAGACAGGAGUCUGUGGAGUUGACCAUGCAGCAGAAGGUGUUCCACAUUGCCAAUGAGCUGCUUCAAACUGAAAAGGCUUAUGUUUCCAGGCUCCAUCUCCUGGAUCAGGUGUUCUGUGCCCGGCUGCUGGAAGAAGCUCGGAACCGCAGUUCUUUCCCGACUGAUGUUGUCCACGGCAUCUUCUCUAACAUCUGCUCCAUCUAUUGCUUCCACCAGCAGUUCCUGCUGCCGGAACUAGAGAAACGCAUGGAGGAAUGGGACCGCUACCCACGCAUUGGAGACAUCCUGCAGAAGCUGGCACCCUUCCUCAAGAUGUAUGGUGAGUAUGUGAAGAAUUUUGACCGGGCUGUGGAGCUGGUCAACACCUGGACAGAGCGCUCUACACAGUUUAAGAUCAUCAUCCAUGAAGUACAGAAGGAGGAAGCCUGUGGUAACCUGACAUUGCAGCAUCAUAUGUUGGAGCCUGUGCAGCGCAUCCCUCGUUAUGAGCUUCUUCUCAAAGACUAUCUGUUAAAGCUACCCCAUGGUUCUCCAGACAGCAGUGAUGCCCAGAAGUCUCUGGAACUCAUAGCCACAGCAGCAGAACACUCCAAUGCUGCCAUCCGCAAGAUGGAACGAAUGCACAAGCUGCUGAAGGUAUAUGAGCUGCUAGGGGGUGAGGAGGACAUUGUCAGCCCUACCAAAGAGCUCAUAAAAGAAGGUCACAUCCUUAAGUUGUCAGCAAAGAAUGGGACCACUCAAGAUCGAUACCUUAUACUAUUCAAUGACCGCCUCCUUUACUGCGUGCCCAGGCUGCGACUUCUUGGCCAGAAGUUCAGUGUACGGGCACGAAUUGAUGUAGAUGGCAUGGAGCUAAAGGAAAGCUCCAACGUCAAUCUGCCUAGAACCUUCCUGGUUUCAGGAAAACAGCGCUCCCUGGAGCUCCAGGCCAGGACCGAGGAAGAGAAGAAAGAUUGGGUCCAGGCCAUCAACUCCACUCUCCUGAAGCAUGAACAGACUCUGGAGACAUUUAAACUGUUAAACUCAACAAACAGGGAAGAUGAAGACGUCUCCCCCAAGUCUCCAAAUGUGGACCUUGGAAAGCGGGCACCUACGCCCAUCCGUGAAAAGGAAGUCACCAUGUGCAUGCGCUGCCAAGAGCCCUUUAAUUCCAUCACCAAACGCAGGCAUCACUGCAAGGCCUGUGGGCAUGUGGUUUGUGGGAAAUGCUCUGAUUUCCGGGCUCGCCUCAUCUAUGACAACAACCGCUCGAACCGCGUGUGCACCGACUGCUAUGUGGCCUUGCAUGGGGUGCCUGGGAGUAACCCAGCCUGUAGCCAGCAUAUACCUCAGCGUCGGAGGUCCAUCCUGGAGAAACAGGCUUCAGUGGCUGCAGAGAACAGCAUUAUCUGCAGUUUCCUGCACUACAUGGAGAAGGGAGGGAAAGGCUGGCAUAAAGCAUGGUUCGUGGUUCCUGAGAAUGAACCCUUGGUGCUGUACAUCUAUGGAGCCCCUCAGGAUGUGAAAGCCCAGCGCAGCCUGCCCCUCAUUGGUUUUGAGGUGGGACCUCCUGAAGCAGGGGAGCGGCCUGACAGACGUCACGUCUUCAAGAUAACUCAGAGCCACCUGAGCUGGUACUUCAGCCCUGAGACAGAGGAACUGCAAAGACGUUGGAUGGCUGUGCUUGGGAGGGCGGGCCGUGGGGACACAUUCUGCCCAGGGUCCAUGCUUUCCAAGGACAGGGAAAUGGAGAAGGCACAAGUGGCAACUUUAGAGGGCACUGAUGAACUCGCUCAAAGUCCUCAGACCCAAAAUAAGACCUAGAGGAGUUAGGGGUUACUCAAAGCCCUCUAUACACUAGUUGUUCAUAUCCAACUAGAGACUUCAAUCCCCUUCCUUCCAACUUAAUACUUGAAUUCCCAUCACAGGCACUUUCAAUCCCGAAUGCUGGGCUUUGGAUUUUUUUUUUAAUUCAUCUUUUCACAAAAUAUAGGCUUAAAAAACAUUCCUACAGUGAUUUUACUAUUUUUAAUCUUCCUCCAUCAGAAGAACUGUUGCUAGACCAGGCUGAAUUAGGUCAUUAUGUGACCUCCAGCCCCCUAAAAAAAUCCUACAUAUCCUGUCCCCACCCAGUUCUCCUCAAUGCACUGGAGGCAAGAGACAUGUAUUCAAGUUCCAGCUCUGCCACUGACCCAUGG